GACUGACGCAUUCGAUAAGACGAUGGCUGCUACGAAUGAGGUCAGGCUCUUCAACAAAUGGUCCUACGAGGAAGUGAACACGCAUGAAGAAAUAUCGCUUCGGGAUUACAUUGCAGUCAACAAAAAGAGCAAGUAUAAGCAGUAUCUUCCGCACACGGCCGGAAGGUACAACAAGAAGCCGUUUCGAAAAUCCCAAUGUCCGAUCGUCGAGCGUAUGACGAACUCUCUGAUGAUGCAUGGACGAAAUACGGGCAAAAAGCUUAUGGCAGUCCGUAUUAUGGCACAUGCGUUGGAGAUCAUCCAUCUUCUCACUGGUCAAAAUCCGAUACAGAUACUUUGUAAUGCCGUCAUCAACUCUGGCCCGCGCGAGGACUCUACUCGCGUUGGAUCUCAGGGAACCGUUCGUCGACAGGCAGUUGACGUGUCGCCUCUGAGACGCGUGAACACAGCAAUUUAUUUGAUUACUCAGGGCGCUCGUCGCGCAGCGUUCAAGAACGUCAAGACCAUCUCGGAAUGUCUCGCAGAAGAAAUUGUAAACGCGAGCAAGGGAAGUUCGAAUUCUUACGCGAUCAAGAAAAAAGACGAGGUCGAGCGCGUUGCCAAAUCUAAUCGUUAAACAAUGCCAGGAAUAGUUUCUUUAGUGAAGUUAGAUCAUGCUCGCAGAGACACGAAUAAAAUCCUUCUUUU